UCUUGCUGACGGGGCCAUCAGGCUGUGCUGCGGGCAGCCCGUGACAAGGCCGGGAAGAUGGCGGCCUCCUGGAGGCUAGGCUGUGACCCUCGGGUGCUGCGCUAUCUCUUGGCCUUUGGCGGGUGCCGAAGACUAGAGCUGGUGAAGGGCGCUUCCGGGUGGUCUGUCGGGCGCGGAGCUAGUUGGAGAUGGCUUCACAGUACGCAGCGGCUGCGGGCUGAUCCCAUUAAGAUACUGAUGCCGUCGCUAUCUCCUACAAUGGAAGAAGGAAACAUUGUGAAAUGGCUGAAAAAGGAAGGUGAAGCUGUGAGUGCUGGAGAUGCCUUAUGUGAAAUAGAGACUGACAAGGCUGUGGUUACCUUAGAUGCAAGUGAUGAUGGCAUCUUGGCCAAAAUAGUGGUUGAAGAAGGAUCUAAAAAUAUACGACUAGGUUCACUAAUUGGUUUGCUAGUUGAAGAAGGAGAAGAUUGGAAACAUGUUGAAAUCCCCAAAGAUGUAGGUCCUCCAUCACCAGCUUCAAAACCAGCAGUGCCUUGUCCUCCACCCGAACCACAAAUUUCUCCUCCCGUCAAAAAGGAACACACACUGGAAAAACUGCAGUUCCGUUUAAGUCCAGCUGCCCGUAAUAUUCUGGAAAAACAUGCCCUGGAUGCUAGCCAGGGGAUAGCCACUGGCCCUCGGGGGAUAUUCACCAAAGAGGAUGCUCUCAAACUGGUCCAGUUGAAAGAAACGGGCAAGAUUACUGAAUCCAGGCCCACCCCAGCCCCUCCAGCCACUCCCACAGUGCCUCCACCCUCACAGGCCACAGCCACACCGCCACCGUAUCCACGGCCAAUGAUCCCACCACUGUCAACUCCUGGACAACCUAAUGCAGCGGGCACAUUCACUGAAAUCCCUGCUAGCAAUAUUCGAAGAGUUAUUGCCAAGAGGUUAACUGAAUCUAAGAGUACUGUACCUCAUUCAUACGCUACUGCUGACUGUGACCUUGGAGCUGUUUUAAAAGCUAGACAAAAUCUGGUCAGAGAUGACAUUAAAGUAUCAGUGAAUGAUUUUAUCAUCAAGGCAGCAGCCAUUACCCUUAAACAAAUGCCAGAUGUUAAUGUAAGCUGGGAUGGAGAGGGCCCAAAGCAGUUGCCCUUUAUUGAUAUUUCAGUGGCUGUGGCAACAGAUAAAGGUUUAAUUACACCAAUCAUAAAAGAUGCUGCUGCUAAGGGUAUACAGGAGAUUGCUGACUCUGUAAAGGUCCUGUCGAAGAAAGCAAGAGAUGGAAAACUGUUACCUGAAGAGUACCAAGGAGGAUCUUUCAGUAUUUCCAACUUGGGCAUGUUUGGCAUCGACGAAUUUACUGCGGUGAUCAACCCUCCUCAGGCCUGCAUUCUGGCUGUUGGGAGAUUCCGACCUGUGCUCAAGCUGGAGCAGGACGAAGAGGGGAAUCCCAGGCUGCAGCAGCACCAGCUUCUAACAGUCACCAUGUCAAGUGACAGCCGAGUGGUGGAUGAUGAAUUGGCUACCAGGUUUCUUGAAAAUUUUAAAGCAAACCUGGAGAAUCCUAUCCGACUGGCCUAGUCCUCCAAGAUACGAAGUUGGUCUUUGGCUUAGUUUAUCGUAUAGCUGUUACCAGAACUUACACUGUAGGAAAACAAAUAGCUGUGUAAGCGUGAAGUGGGUGAGUUGUUUAUUUAUUCAAGGUGAAUGAGUUUGGCCCGAGUUGUCUUCAUUUUCAGUUUGGAUUUAAUGGUGUAGAAAUAAAUAACAAACUGUAACUAAUGAAAGAGAACAUUUGGUUAGAUCCCUUUUUAACCUCCGGUGCUGAACUAAAGUGGAGUUAAACUCAAUGUAAAUUAACUGUUUGGCUCAUUUGAGCAUUAUAGACUAUUUGAGAAUGUAUGAUAAAUUGUAAAAUUGAAAAAUUGUUAGAACUAAUUAAUGUUGAAAUUAGACAUGAUCUUCAAAGAGAAGCCCAUCGAUUUAAUUAAUGGGACCUUGCUUUUUAUAAACACUGCUGUUACUUGAACGAUUUAAUAUGUACAGUUUAUUCUAGAUAAUAGUAAGUAAGGAUCACAUUAUAUUAGGGGUUAUGGCAACAUUAUUGAAUUUUUUAUGUAUAUAAAGCCAUAGGUCUUAGAGUGGUUUCUGUCAGUCUUAUUUUUCACUUCUAUGACACUGUGAACUUCUAAAGAGGAAGAAUUAAAAAGUCAAAAAUAAGAGCAAGAGAGAGAGAGACCAAAAAAUUUGUUUCAGUAAUAAACUAGAGGUAAAAUAUCUAAAACUAUAGGUAAAAUAUCUAAAUUUUCUGAAAUAAACUAUUCACCUUCAUAUUAAGUUGCAGUAUAAUAAAUUAUGCUAUUUCGUACCAAACAUUUUAAAUUUUUGUUACUUUAAACACAAAAUGUUGGGGGUUUUUUAGUGCAUUUUAAUCGUUUGUAUUGUGCAAUAAAAUGUGAGAAAAUAUAAAAA